CGGCGCACCGCUGGCCGGCCCGCACCUCUGCGCAAGCGCUCCAGCUCCGUCCUGAAGCCCUGCUCGCCCCCGUCCGACAGGCAGCUGAACCACGCUCUCCUCGGCAAGGACAGCAGGUCACAGCCAAUGGCGGGUGUCUCCCAUCACCCGGGGUGCCAUCGCACACUGAUGGCCAUCUUGGCGACCCUGGCGGCUCUUGGAUGCGGCCUCUUUCCAACGGGAUCGGCGGCCUCUGUGCACGCCAGACAGGCCGGGCCGCGACUGCAGCGACGUGCCAUUGCCCCAGCGGCAAGCAGUCAACCCCAGUGGUCACCUUCGCUCUGCCUCAGCAAGAGCUGCGUCACAGCCGCGUACAACAUCCUGAACAGGAUGGACACCAGUGUGAAGCCGUGCGACGACUUCUUCGCCUUCGCAUGCGGAGAGUUCAACAAGAGUACAGUCGUUCCGGACGAGAAGUCGUCUGUCUCGGAAUUCAGCCUCCUUCACGACGAGCUCCAGGUCCAGAUGAGGAAGCUGAUCGACUCGCCAAUCUUAGAUGAUGACGCCCCAGCCGCCGUCCUGUUGAAGAAAUACUUCAAAAGCUGCAUGGAUAAGGAGACCAUCGAGAAGCAAGGCCUGCAGCCACUGCACGACAUCUUGGACGAGAUGGGAGGAUGGCCCGUGCUAAAAGGCUCGGCAUGGGACGAGGAUGCUUUCCAAUGGACGGAGGCCGUGUUUCAAAACCGGAAGAGGGGCUACUCCGACAGCCACAUGUUCUCGUUCAGCGUUUCGGCCGACGUCAAGAACUACUCCCGCCGCCAUAUCAGCCUGGGCGACACGUCGCUGGGCCUUGGCAGAAAAUACCUGAUCAAAGGUUUCAAUGACUCGGACGUGCAGGCCUACUACAACUUCAUGGUGGAGAUGGCCUUGCUGAUGGGAGCCGAGCCAGAACGUGCCAAACAAGAGAUGGAGUCUGCGCUUCGUUUUGAGAUGAUGCUCGCCAACAUAUCGCUGCCGGCGGAGGAGCGUCGCAAUGCUUCCAAACUCUACAACAAAAUGACGCUGGAUCAGCUGAGCCAGCUGGCACCCAUUGUCCCCUGGGUGGACUACACCAAUAAACUCCUGGAGGACGCCGGACACCAGGUUUCGAGUAACGAGUCCGUCAAUGUCAACCACCCCGAGUUCUUCAAGAACCUGACCGGGCUGCUCCAGGUCACGCCGAAUAGGGUACUGGCCAACUACCUUCUUUGGCGUGUGGUGAAGGGGUCCGUGAGUCAGCUGAACCUGGCGGCCCGCGAUGUGCGCCUCAAGUUCUACGGUCAGGUGUACGGCGUCACCGAGCACAAGCCCCGCUGGAAGGAGUGUCUCGGGAGCGUCUUGGGAAAAUUUACCAUCGGAGCGGGAUCCCUGUAUGUGCAGAAUCACUUCGACCAGGAGUCGAAGACAUCGGCUCUGAGGUUGGUGUCGGAUGUUCACAAGGAGUUCGACAUGAUGCUGCAGGAGGUCACCUGGAUGGACAACGUCACAAGGGAGCGAGCAGUUGAGAAGUCGAAGACCAUCAGCUAUUAUAUCGCUUACCCAGACGAACUGCUAAACGAUACUCUGGUAGGCGAGUUCUACGAGAACUUAACACUCAGCGACGACAACUUCCUCCGGAACAAGCUGAACCACAGUAUCUUCGCCGUCAACUACAGCUACAGAAAGCUGCGCGAUCCUGUCGACAAGAAGGACUGGCGCCGACACAGCAGGGCCGCCGUCGUCAACGCAUUCUACAAUACCGUGGAUAACAGCAUCACGUUCCCGGCGGGAAUUUUGCAAGGAGGCUUCUACAACAACGACAGACCCCAGUACUUAAAUUACGGGGCCAUCGGCUUUGUCAUUGGUCACGAAAUUACGCACGGCUUCGACGACAGGGGACGUCAGUUUAACGCCGAGGGCGAGCUCCAAGAAUGGUGGGAGCCGGAGACGCGCGACCGCUUCCUGGACAGCGCCCAAUGCAUCAUCGAACAGUACGGCAACAUCACCGUCGACAGGGUCGACAUGCAGGUGAACGGCAUCACAACCCAGGGCGAGAACAUCGCCGAACAACGGCGGCAUACGGAUCGCGCGCCGCGCCUACGACCGCUACCAGCGCGGUGAAGGGCGCGAGCCGGCGCUGCCCGGCCUGCAGCAGUACACCAACGAGCAGAUGUUCUGGCUGGGCACCGUCAACACCUGGUGCGCCGUCUACAAAGAGGAGCGUCUCAGGCAGCUCGUGCUUACCGACAGCCACGCACCCGCGUUCGUGCGCAUGAACACCGCGC